AUGGACCUGGAAGAUUUCAGCUUCCCUUCAGCCACAGAGUCACUCCCCUGUUUAAUCGACUCCCCCCCUCUGUGGCGAGCCUCGUCCCCACCUUCCUUCUCCCGUCACCAUGAACACGAGGAAUGGAGGAGCGCCAGUGUUGAUGAAGAACCGGCCAUCGGAGCCGGAGCCGGAGCCGUCCCAGUUCCAGGAAAGAAAGGUGGAGGGAGCUUGAGCAUGGAUGAAGAAAAAAUGGAUAUGCUGUGGGAAGAUUUCAAUGAAGAGCUACUGUCCUCCUCGCCGCUGAAGAUCAGGCGCAGAGGCAAAUCCGAGAAGGAUAUGUCGGGCCGGUUCGGAUGCGUGAAGUCAUUGAGCAUUUCAAAAGCUAAUGCCGACAGGCCGGGGGUGGUCGCACUUCUCAAGGUGCUGAGGAAGCUGUUCUUGAUUCACAGUAGUAACCAAAACCAUCAGACGCUCAAGAAGGGGCAGAGGCAGGGGCAGCCGCCACCACAUUGCUGGUAG